AUGGGCGUUUCCUCUGAAAAGCAAAGCAACGCACAAUUGCAGCCAGAUGGCGACAGCGAAACACAAAAAGAUCAAUCCAUAAGCGACACUACGGCACAGGAUGAUCUGGUUGAACCGACUCCGGAGGAAAUAGCAAACUUGCGACACACGGGAAGCAAAAUCAAAGCUACGGCAUGGUUGGUUGCACUCUUCUCCGGGGCUGAAAGAUUCGCGUUUUAUGCUCUACAAGCCCCAUUACAGAAUUAUAUUCAAAACCCUCGGGAAGAUUUCGGGCGUCCCGGAGCCCUAGAUAUGGGCCAAUCGGUGGCCACUGCUCUGAAUUGCUUUCUGAGAUUAGUCUGCUUUAUUACACCAAUCUUUGCAGGGGUGCUUGCAGAUGGUCAUUGGGGUCCAUACAAGACACUUGUUGUGUCCUGCGGAAUAUACCUCGCCGGUAUACUAUUGCUCAUGCUCACUUCGAUCCCGCCGGCACUUGACGCUGGUGCCGGAUUGGGUGGACUUAUUGGGGCAUUUAUCUUGAUUGGCUGUGGCGUGGGUGGUGUGAAGUCGAGUGUUGCCCCAUUUACAGCGGACCAAGUCGGCGGGGGUAAAAAACAUGUCGCUACGCUAGAGACUGGUGAACGUGUUAUCGUGGACCCUGAGUUGACAGUGAGGCGGGUAUACAGCAUCUUCUACUGGUGCAACAAUGUCGGCGCGCUAUCUGGUUUGGCUAGCACCUCCAUGGAGAAGUACCUUGACUUCUGGACAUCAUUUCUGCUGGCAUUAGGAGCACUGGCAUUUGGAACACUGGUUUUGGUUCUUGGACACCAUAAGUUCUUCCGCCGAAGACCCGAAGCAAGCUUCCGGGCCAAGCUAUUGAGCGCAUUGGCUUGCGUUAUCAAAGGUGGAUUUCGCAUCGAUGCCGCGCAGCCAGUUGAACAACUCGAGAAACAUGGACGUGUUGUUCCUUGGGAUGCGCAAUUUGUUGAAGAUCUUCGCCAAGCCCUGCAGGCUUGCAAAGUCUGGGCCAUAUAUCCGAUUGUGUGGCUAUGCUAUGACCAGAACCAGACCAACCUAAUCUCGCAAGCCGGGCAGAUGCUUACGCACGGGAUUCCCAACGAUGCCCUUGCAAGCUUGAACCCAAUCUGCGUACUCAUUAUUAUACCAAUCACCGAGAAGUUUAUAUACCCGUACAUGCAAAAGAUGAAACUGUCGCCUCGAGCCACUGUUCGAAUGACACUCGGUUUCGCAUUAGUCGCAGCAUCAAUGGCUGUUGCUUCUGGUGUUCAGCAUGUGGUAUACAGUGCUCCGCCAUGUUACGACAUGCCCCUACAUUGUCCAGCAUCUGAGAACGGAAAGUAUCCUAAUCGCGUCAGUGUCGGUGUUCAGGUUCCGGUCCAUGUUAUUGGCGCACUUGGAGAGGUACUAUGGUCCGUGUCUGGGUCCGAGUACGCCUAUAACAAAGCAGCACCACAUAUGAAAUCUACCUUGCAGGCUGUUACAAUGUUGACAGUAGCGUUGAACUCUGUUCUCGGGCUUGCUGUUUCCCCUGCCGCUCGAAACCCAUAUCUGACCAUACUCUUUGCAAGCUUUGCUGGGGCUAUGACCGUCACGUCCGAGGAUGAAGAUAACAUUCCUCCACCAAAAUGGACAGAGCGUUCUGGGAAUUCGGUAAACAAAUUCAAUAUGGAGGCCAAAUAUUUGGAAGAAAUGGACUUUCCGGCUCAUUCCCGCGUGCCUAUGACCUUCUUCCGGGCAAUCCUCGACAAUCCUGGCCAUCUUUUACGCGUUUCCGGCAUCUCACAACUAUUCUUUGGUAGCAGCCGUAUUGACGCGGAUCCACUUCCUUAUGACCCACUCAAAGCCUGA